UCCAUGACGUGAUGACGUAAUACACCGGAAAUUAUGGCAGAUAUGGCGGACUGCUUUAAGACACUAGAAACUGAAACUGUUUUUUUACUGCGUCAGUGCUGAGAGGAGAGGGGUGGCUCGGAUCUUGGUUACACAGAAUAGUUGCCGUAUUUGAUCCUCAGAGGGUUUCUGCAGACAUGGAGCUUCUAGCACUUCUGUUUCUGAGCUUCUGUUUCCUGACUUUGUCCGGACGGACGUUUGCUGCUGAAUCCGGGACACCUGUCACCACAGUAACUGUGAAAGAAGAUGAUGAUGUCAUUUUACCCUGUUCCCUCAGCACCAAUGUGAAUAUUGAGAAAGUGCUGUUUGACUGGAAAAAGGAAGGAACAGUUCCACAAAAGGAGGUGUUCAUGUAUGUUGAGGGCAAUCAUUACAAUAAUGGUCUCCCAGGUCAAGACGAGCAGUUCAGAGAUCGAGUCUCACAUUUUCCUGAAGAGCUGAAGUACGGAAACGCCUCCAUAAGGAUAAAACAAACAAAGCUGGAGGACAAAGGAAUCUACACCUGUGACUUUCCACGUCUGCUGCCAGAACCCAAAAUAUUCCGCAUUGAGCUUGUUGUUGAGGGCAGAUUAAAGCUCCGAAACGUCUCAGGUGCAGCUCCAAAGCCAUAUGUCAAAAUGCUUAAGGACAAAGGCUUGCUGGAGUGUGAAGUUCCAGGUGCUUCUCCUAAACCUACAGUUGAGUGGUGGGACAGAGAUAACAAAACACUUCCUUCUAAAACACUGCAGGACACAAGGGAUGACAAUCGCUUCUACAUCACCAUCCAAACUACUGUGACCAAGCCUGGCUGCUAUUACUGUGUAGCCACACAAAUGGAAAUCUGGCACCAGAUUUCUUCAGAGACCUGCGUUCCUGAAGUUUCAGAUUCCACUGGAUGGGUGGUUGCUGGUGUUGUCAGUGUUGUUUUGGUUGGUGUUUUGGUCGGUGUUGCUGUUCUUAAAGCCAAAGGAUAUAAUUGUAAGAAAGAUUCACCAAGAGAAACAAGUCUCUCUUCUAAUUCAAGGCAGCAGCAUGAUGAUGACUCUAAACAGCCUUUGGAUGAGUAAAGUGUGUGUAUGCGCAUAUGUUUGUUUGUUUGUUUUAUAUCUAUUUGUAAAUAAAUUUCACUUUAGGAGUUGGACAGUGAAGCAUGCUGAUUGCUGUUUUCUGAUUUCAUGCAUUUUGAGAGCUCAGACCUUUCUUUUACAAUUAAGUUGUAAAAGAAAGCGCUUUGUGGAUGAGUUGGGGUUUGAUGUUGAUGAUUAAAAAACGGACCCGGAA